UUUGGCAUUAUGACAAGUUGGACGCGACACUCGGCCGAGAGCGGAACACAGCGCAGAAGCGCUAAAUCCAUUUUCCCACUCUGCACAAUUUAUUAUUUUUUACACAAAUCUCACUCUGCAAGAAAUUCCUUCACAUUUUACGUUAGAUCACCUGUGAAAAAUCAAAAGUGUGCGUAACCUUCGCUCUUAACCUGUUACUUUUUCACAACUUUUUUUGUUUUGCUGCAUCCGAUCAUUUUAUUGUCAAUACAGGCGGAUAGGAGAAAAAUCGUAGCUAAUAUCAUAUUGAGAGACUUCAAAUGGCGCUCGUGGACUUGGAAUAUGAUCUCGAUGAGGCACUCAAGCGUGAAAAUCUCACGAGAGAUAAUUUGGGAAAAUUGAGAGAACCACCAAUUCCAGGCGUACCCACCAACAUCACAGACAAACAGCUAGCUCUCUUCUUAAACGCCUGUGGCACAGUCGACGAGACGCGCAAAGUUAUUAAAAUCUACUAUGAAGCAAGGAGAAAUUCCCCGGAACUCUUCGCUGAACGAGAUCCCACUCGAAGUGACAUACAGAAGUGCCUGCAAUGCCAGGAUUAUUUCUACUUGCCACUGACUCCUAAAGGAUACCACGUCACUUUCCAUCGUCUCUCUGACUACAAGAUAUCCAGCUACUUCUUUGAGAACGCUAUAAAGACGCAUUUCAUGAUGAUAGAUACCUGUCUUAGCAAGCAGGGUCCUCGGCCGGGCUUGAUUUUUCUCUUCGAUAUGAAAGGUGUCUCGCUCGGGCAUUUGACACGAGUCCGCAUCUCGACGAUUCGGAAGUUCUUUCACUACCUCCAGGAAGGUCUGCCGGCGAAACUUCGCGCUAUCCACGUCCUCAAUGUGGUGUCCUUCUUCGACAAAGUACUGGCCCUCGUCAAGCCAUUCAUGAAGGCUGAGAUCUUCAAUAUGAUGCACCUCCACACGUCCAACAUGGACUGGGAGGAAUUCUAUGAAAAACACAUACCCAAGAGCUGUCUGCCAUCUGAUUUCGGAGGAGAUUGUCCAUCUGUGGCCGAGAUGCAUGAGGCAUUUAAGAAGGAAGUUAUGGACUUGAGAGAUUACUUUGUGUCAGACGAGAAAACUACGUUUGGUGAUCAGAAGAUAGAGAAUAAAACACAGGAAGCACAGAGUAUGUUCAAGAAGCUUGACAUUGACUAGGAUACCUCUAGGGAUUGUAGUAAAACUUGGUGAUUUCUGUACAUUGUACAUUGCGGGUUAUGUUUACCAUUGUUACCAAUAGUGCACUUUUAUAUAUUUUGUUUGUAUACACUGUGGAAAAUGAAAAUGAAUAAAUUUUUUAGGGUUUUUCACCUUUUUCACAGA